CUCAUCAUGAAAUACUUCCUGUGUAUUGUUCUUCUGGUGGUAUGUAGUACCAGUUAUGCUGUAUAUGAAACUGACGAGGGAUCGUGUCCUACAAACUGGUUGAUGUUUAAUGGCAAUUGUUAUAGAUUCUAUGAUUGCAUGGUUGAAUGGACACUGGCCGAGACCGAAUGUCGAGUCGCUAGCCCACUUGCUCAUUUAGUAUCCAUUCAUAGCGACGAAGAAAACGCUUUUGUUCACGGCAUGCAAGGUGGUCAAAACGACAUCUGGAUUGGAAUGAAUGAUAGACAGAAUGAAGGAGUUGGUGAAUGGACUGAUGGUAGUGACAAUUCGUAUGUAAACUGGCUUCCAGGUGAGCCGGAUAAUUCAUGUGGUCUUUUGUGUAACGGGGACUGUGUUGAGAUGCAAGUGGACACAAGUUACUCCGACAAAUGGAAUUUGGAAGAUUGUGCUCUCGAGAAACGUUUUAUCUGCAAACAACCAUCGAUUAAGCUACCACAAUAGGCUAUGUACAUCAACAUCUAAUGGCAUUAUGGAUGUUCUACAGCUAUAUAAUAUAAUAUAAUAUAAUAUAAUAUCGCCAUGAAUUACAUUAUGUAAACAAGACAUUAUGCAGAACAUCAAUUGUAACAAUAAAUAAAGUUAUUCUAAAUUUA